UAUUCAAAAAAGCCGCUAUAAAGUCGCGCUUUUCGAAAAAAAAGUGAAGACGCCAUUUUCCGGUAAAUAUUCACGGCGUGUUGAGGCUUGUAAAUCAAUUCCAUCUCCGUUCAACGGUUUUUUUUUUGUCAAUUAUAAUUUUGAUUCAAAUUCAAAAUGCCGAAAUCGAAGGAAUUCAUCGACAGUGAUGAUAGCUCUGCGAGUGGAAGUUCCUCUGAGGCUGAAAAAAAGGGAAAGAAAAGGCCAAAAAAGGAGGUUAAACAAAAAGAAAGUAAGGAAGGAUCUUCAAGCAAAAAACCAAAAAAUGACGGUGUUUGGGAAUUAGAUGAAAAAUGUCUAGUUACAGUUCGUGAUUUUAAAGGCAAAACAUUAAUCGAUAUUCGUUACAUGUACGAGGAUAAAAACAGCGGAGAAUUAAAGCCAUCAAAGAAAGGCAUUUCAUUGAAUCCAAAAUUGUGGCGAAAAUUUGUAGAAAUUGUCGAUGAAGUUGAUCAAGCAGUCAAGGAAAAAUCUUAAGAUUCUGCUAUUUAAAAAAAAAAUAAAAAAAAAAAUAUACUUUUCGUUCAAUAUAAUUGAACUUGUUGUAUGUAUAUAUUGUAUUUAAAUAGUAGAAUCUAAUGGAAAAAAAAUUUAUAUGUAUUUUUAUAAACAUUCAUUCUGUUAAUUUUUUCGUCGAAUUUAAAAUCGAUAAUUUAGUUAAUAACUAUUCAUUUUUGUCAGUUCAUGAUAAUUUAUCCUAUUUCAUUAUCUAUAUGUCUCAACAUUUUGAUAUAUAAAUAAAAUAAGAAUAAAUAAAACAGAGGAUUAUUUUAUUUACAAUA